AUGACGACGAGUAUUCCUCUCGCCUGUUUUGUGUGUGCGCGCACGAAAAGAAGUUUUUCCUGCUUUUGGGGAAAUCCACACUUUUCUCUUUACGCAACACACAAGCAACGGAGAGAUAUGUUUACUCCUACUCUCACCAAAAGUUACUCGUCGAAGAACACCGCCGCUGCUGCGACGACUCCUGAAAAGACGACUCGUCGCACGGCUUUUAAGAGGAGGCGCAGAAGAGCAGUCGGGGUUGUUUUUACCAACACCAGAGCGUCUUCAUCGUCGUCGUCCUCAUCAGCAAACGGGGGGGGUGACGUCGAAAGUGUUCAGAAUGCAAGGAAGAAAAAAACGUGCGUAAUAACCGGCGCGAAUACCGGCAUCGGGUACGAAACGACGCUGGCGAUGUUACAAAAAGACUACAAAGUCAUCUGCGCGGUUCGCAAUAAAGAGAAAAUGGAAAAAGCGAGAGAGAGUUUAGCACAAACGCUCGGUGUUAAUAGUGGAUUAGUAGAUAUAGAAAUCGAAGAGUUGGAUUUGAACGACCAGAACUCCAUCGAAGCGUUCGCGAAGAAGUUUAUGGAUUCAGAAAACGGCUUGGACGUUUUAAUCAACAACGCGGGCGUUAUGGCCACGCCAGAGAUGAAGACCAAAGAUGGGUUUGAAUAUCAAAUCGGCGUAAAUCAUCUCGGGCAUUUUAAACUCACGAACAUGGUGUUGCCGAAACUGUUGGAGAGUCAGCGAGACGCGAGAAUAGUCAACGUGUCGAGCGAAGCGCACAGAUUUGGCAAGCUGGAGAAGAACGAUCUGUUUUACGAGAAAGCGGGGAGUUACAACAACUGGAAAUCGUACGGGCAGUCGAAAUUAGCGAACAUUUUAUUCGCGAACGAGUUACAGAGGAAAUUAGAACGAGAGAAGGACUGUGAUUACGUCUCGGUUAAUUCUUUGCAUCCGGGGGCGGUGGAUACGGAAUUGGGAAGAUACCUCUACGACAUGGAUAAAAAGCCGCAAUGGUACGAAGAAAUCAUCUUCAACAUCAUACGCCAAACGAUGAAAACGCCCGCUCAAGGUGCGGAAACCUCGGUCUAUCUCGCCUCCGAUCCGACCGCGAAACAAUAUCGCGGCAAAUAUUUCGAUAACUGCAAAGAGAAAGUCUCGACAAACGCCGCGAGAAACGAAGAAGACGCCAAGUGGUUGUGGCAAAGAAGCGCCGAGUUAACCGGCGUCGAUUUCUUUUGA